AUGGCUCCAGCUGCAGCGGAGUCUCCAUCGCCCAUUGGCAUUGCCAAUUUGCCUAACCAGCGACACAAGAUCGUCGCAAAGAGAGGCGCCGCUUUCACUAUCAUGGUCGCCGGCGAGUCAGGCUUAGGCAAAACAACCUUCAUCAACACUCUCUUCUCCACCACUAUCAAGAACUACCAAGACCACAAGAGGCGCCAUGCAAAGCAGGUUGACAAGACAGUGGAGAUUGAAAUCACAAAAGCUGAACUGGAAGAGAAGUUCUUUAAAGUUCGUCUCACCGUCAUUGACACCCCUGGCUUCGGCGACUAUGUCAACAAUCGCGACUCCUGGAUGCCUAUCAUUGAAUUUCUCGAUGACCAGCAUGAAUCCUACAUGUUGCAAGAGCAACAACCUCGGCGACAAGACAAGAUCGACCUCCGUGUCCAUGCCUGCCUCUACUUCAUUCGACCUACCGGCCAUACCUUGAAACCCCUGGAUAUUGAGGUCAUGAAGCGGCUAUGCACACGUGUCAACUUGAUUCCGGUUGUCGCAAAGGCUGAUACACUCUCUCCUGCUGACCUGGCCCGCUUCAAGCACCGCAUUCGAGCUGUCAUCGAAGCACAGGGCAUCAAAAUCUACCAACCCCCUAUCGAAGAUGAUGACGAAGCUGCAGCACAACAUGCCCGUGCACUUAUGGCAGCCAUGCCUUUUGCCGUUAUUGGUAGCGAGAAGGAUGUCAAGACCACGGAUGCGCGCAUUGUGAAAGGCCGACAAUACGCUUGGGGUGUGGCCGAAGUGGAGAACGAAGAGCACUGCGAUUUCAAGAAACUCCGAUCGAUCCUCAUUCGUACCCACAUGCUCGACCUCAUCCACACCACCGAAGAGAACCACUAUGAAGCCUACCGUGCGCAGCAGAUGGAGACCCGAAAGUUUGGUGAAGCCAGGCCUAGAAAAUUGGACAACCCCAAGUUCAAGGAAGAGGAAGAAGCACUGCGGAAGAGGUUCACCGAGCAGGUCAAGGUGGAGGAACAGAGAUUCAGAGCAUGGGAGCAGAAGUUGAUUGGCGAAAGAGAUCGCUUGAACAAGGAUCUAGAGGCGACUCACGCUGCAAUCAAACAGCUAGAGCAGGAAUUGGAACAGAUGCAAGGCAGUGCCGUGAGAAGCCAUGGUCGUCGCUAG